AUGAAGAGCCAAAACACCAGAGGAUCAGAGCUGAGAAUCAUUCUGGUGGGUAAGUCAGGGACUGGCAAAAGUGCAACUGGAAACAGCAUCCUAAGAAAACAAGCAUUUGAGUCCAGACUGGGGGCCCAGGGCAUCACGAAGACGUGCAGUGAAAGUUGGGGCAAGUGGGAAGAAACUAAUGUGCUCAUUGUGGACACACCGGAUGUAUUUUCUGAGGAGGGUCACUCGGAUGCCCUGUACAAAGAGGUGCAGAGGUGCUACUGGCUUUCCGCACCAGGACCCCAUGUUUUGAUCCUAGUGAUACAGCUCGGCCGGUUCACCACCCAGGACCAGAAGGCCGUGCAGAGAGUGAAAGAGAUUUUCGGAGAGGAAGCCCUGGCACACACCAUUAUCCUCUUCACACACAAGGAAGACCUUGAAGGAGACUCCUUGAUGGAGUACAUCCACAGCACAGAUAACCAAGCCCUCCGGGAGCUGGUGGCAGUGUGCGGGGGACGAGUAUGUGCCUUCAACAACCAUGCCAAAGGGGGCAAUCAGGAUGAGCAAAUAAAGGAUCUGAUGGCAGUGAUCCAAGGUCUGGUGAUGGAGAAAGGUGGUAACCACUACACCAAUCUACUGUACGGCCUGGGAACAGGAUCAGAAUUUGAACCCGUGUGCUCAGAGGACAGAUUGCAGGAUUUCAAAGGGCAUCUGAGAAAGUCCAGGGAGACUCGGCGAUGCCAUUCAACCAUGGUUGCCGUCAAGUGCCUAGGAAGAGCCUUGACCAAAAUGCUAGUGUGUCUUUUAUUUUUUCUUCAUUUGUUUGGGAAACUCCUAAUUAUGUUCUGUGGAAUCUCCAAAGUGUGCCCCCUUCCUCUCUGCUUAUUCUUUACUAUGUGCUCUUGGUUCUGUAGCUUCCUGUUAAUUAUACCCAAAAAAUUAAUGAUAAUUUUGAGAAAUACCACUGGACAUGCAAGUGUCCCAGAUCAUAGCUUUAGAUCAGUAAUUGUUUAG